AUGUGGCAGAGAAUUUUUGGUGAGUUGAAUAUUUCUCCUACAUACGUUACUGGAUCGCCUUAUCCGUUUCCAGUCUCAUCCUGCAUUGUACUGUAUGUUCUGGCCACGCUACCGGAUAUUGGUGCUCCGGGUUACUCUUGUGAUGCUGAUCUUAUGAAGAAAAGUAAGAAAGUGCCGACGAAUGUGAACUCGGUUCGACCAGCCGACAUCAAGUUGUUGAUGGCUCUCGGAGACUCUUUGACGGUGGGUGGUCCUUUCAGCUCCUAAGUGAGUGGGAUUAGCGGGUUGGCUAAUGGGGAACAAAAGUGCGGGAAGGAGAUGGACCAGGCGCGAAAAAAAAGAAAUUUUUGCUCAACAAGUGAAGUAAGCUGUCGAGCAACUUAAUGUCUUUGAGAUUGAAUAGGUCGCUUUCUGGAAACUCACCACAUGUCAGCAUAGUUUUUAUCAGACCUGCAACGGCCGAGCCGGGAGACACGUGAAAUUCUCCGGCCUGGCAACCCUAUCCGACCCGGCCCAGCAGAGUCCAAUUUUGUUCAAAAAUGACAAAAAUCUGUUCAAAAGUGACGGACUCUAGUUUUUAUAGACCUUCAAUUGAAUUUUCUCUGAUAAACUUAUUGUGCUCAAAAGUUUACCAACCAGAAAUGAGCCCAUUUCUUAGCCGUCGAAUCUCCCGAAUCCCCAACUUCCCUCAAACUCUCUAAGACCACAUCCUCUGAUUGUUUUCAUCAAUCCACUGGUUGUUUUCUCCAUUUUCCCUUCCCGCCCGUCCCUCUCCGUGCGUCCUCUCAAUAAGUUCUAGUGUUGUUCUUCAGGCAGCAAACGGCGCCGGAGCAGAGGACCCUCUGGCAGUUGUUCUUCAAUAUCGAGGCCUUGCAUUCCAAGCCGGAGGCGAUAAGUCACUCGAUGAGCACGUCACAAUUCCAAGUAGCAUUAGUGUAUAUGAGAACAUGACAUGAUAUGGCCACAUCUUUCAGACAUCCUCAAGAAGUACAACUCGGAUCUGUUUGGAUACUCGAAUGGAAUCGGAUCCCCGAAUGUCUGGGAGAUUGCUCGUUUGAAUGUCGCAAUGCCAGGCGCCAAUGCAAAAGAUUUACCCGGACAGGCUAGGCAGUUGGUCGCCCUUCUUCAACAACAUACAGAGGUCUUAAUAAUGACGUCACCUGGACAAAACCAGCUUGAAUCCACGUGCGUUUCAGGUGGUUAACAUGAAAGAGGAUUGGAAAUUAUUGAACAUUUUCAUCGGCGGCAACGACAUCUGCGGUUACUGUCGCAAACCAGUGGUUAGUGUGUUUCCGCGUUGAUCGCAUUAACCUGACAGUUUUGGCGAGAACAAUAGAUGAGAGGACAGCCGAAAAAACUGACAUGCAUUACAAAACGGUUCAUGAAAACUGUUUAGGACGAUUCUCCUUACAAUUGCGCACAAGACAUCAAACAGGCAGUGCAAAUCAUUUAUGACAACGUCCCACGUGUAAUCGUCUCGUUAACAGGAAUGUUGCAACUCGAGAUGUUGCGACAAACUGAUACCGGUCACUGGUUCUGCGAGCGUUUGCAUCAGUAUGUAGCGGAGAAAUGAAAAUUUCGAGUCUGGCGGCAAACAAAUAAACACUAAUCAUAUUUUCAGUGACGAGUGUGGAUGCGAGAGCAACAAAAACUUCACGGAUGCUGACAUAAUGAAGGUUGAUUCGAAUUUGGAUUACUGUACACGGCGAAUGAUUUCAGGCUUGUUAUGACUAUAACACCUAUGAAAAGCAGAUAGAAACCGAUGGAACCUUUGAGAAAGAUGAUUUCACCUUUGUCGUUCAGCCCUUCUUCAGAGACACUUUGAUCCCGACAAUGGAAGUGAGUUUGGCCGAUCGAACAAGUUUCAGAAAUACCUUGGGGAGAAUGAGAAUCAUGAAUCAUGAAACUUUCUUUUUCAAUAACUCAUGCGAAUGGAAUGCUUUCAGAACGGUAAACCGAGCCAAAUAUUCUUCGCACCGGACUGCUUCCACUUUUCGCAAUGGGGACACGCUCUAGUGAGCACCUACCUCUGGAACAACAUCCUUCAACCAGUGGGAAUGAAGAACACAAUUGCAAACAUGUCCGAGCCGGCUCUUCCUUUGGCGUGUCCUGAUGCGGUACGUUGUCAAAUUCAUCAGAUUUCCACAAUUUGAAACGAUUUCAGACGUGUCCCUUCAUCCGAACUCCAAAGAACAGCCAAGACUGUAGUCAGUAUGUGACCCCGGUGGCCUAA